AUGAACCCGUCUGAGCACCACACCAACCGUACGCCGACACUGUUUCAGCGCCCCUCCGGUGUAUUCAACCGUCCGAUGGGCUUCUCCCCGGCGCAAAGGACGCAUUCGGUUUCGCCCGAUUCGACUGCUAUGUCGCAGGACUCUCCGGCACGCAUAGGCAGCUUUGCCACCACCUUUUUUGGCUCCAGUGGCACAAGCGUCGUCACGGUGCCCCCGGCACCACCGCAGCAGCAGAGCCCGCUGCAGCUCCGUUGCAACAGUGAUAUGCGCUCCAUCUGGUCGCCGCAACAGGUGUCACGAGUGCUUCAGGGUCUCCCGCUUGCGCACGCAGACUCGAUAGCCGAAACAGAGCUACUGUCGAGGGGCUCCUGCUCAAAAAACGAGGAGGAGGCACGCGUCGAGGAGCUGCUAGAUGGUCCUGCGUCACUCUCAGCGGACCUAGCUGAGCUUGCUGCCUCACCCGCGCCGCGUGAGAUGAAGGAGUCGGCUACAGAGGAGGAGCUGCAUGGGCUGAAAUCGAACCCAGUCACCAUCGACUCCAUCAGCGGCGGCGGCCGCACAUCCUUUGCCCAACGUAGCUUUUUUGCCGAAGCGGUAGUGGAGAUAACGUCACCCACCACCGCAACAAGGCCGGAGAAGCUGCGCCGCGGCAAGGGGCCGCUCGUUGCGAGCCCUAACACGCCACUGAGCUUGCAGGGUGCUGCACUGCGCUCGAUGGCGCCGGAGAGAAGCGCGGCAGCGAGCGGCUUCCACAGUGCAGUGGCGCUGGCCGUGACACAGAUGCACCUGCCACUCAGCCCGACAAGAGGCAAACCAUCAACAUCUAUGCCUAAAGAGCUGCGCACAUUGACGGGCGCGAGGCGCCCGUCGACUGCAGAUACCGUGCACGUCAAGCUCCCCCCGCAGCCUCAACCACCCCAGCACACGCAGCCACCCCCGCGGUUGUGCGUUUCGUCGUGCGGCUGGGAUGCAGCGGCCACCUCCACACAGUCCUCGCGUGCCGCAUUUGGCGCCAAGCCGCUACCGCCGCUGGCGACAUUCAAGGGAGUCGGCCCCUCCAUCAGGACCUCCACUGCAGACAUCUCGCUGCAAGACCCCCGACAGGUGGGCACUGUUCCUCAAGCACCCUACCGCGAGUCGGCCGACAGCAGCGCAUCGUCACCGGUGGCGCUGCACGCCGACGACGAGUUCUCUCGCGUAACGUCUCCAAACACCAGCGAUCCCAGAACCGGUGCGACAAACGUGGGAGAGUCCACCGCGGUACAGUCGCUGCCGCACCCGAGCAGGUUCGACUCCACUGGCUUCUUUCCCUCCCUCGCAUUGCCUAGCGCGUCGGCAGCCCUUCUAAGCUCACAGGAAGAGGUUCGGCCGUCUCCGUCUUCUUUGCAUACUCCACUGACUGAUCGCUCUUCGCGGCGCAACACGUCGUCAAGUUCGCCCAGGCCUGCCUUUAUCACCCGCGCCAACUCCACCGCUUUAUCGACUUCUGCAUCCCCUCAUUAUCCGAUUCCGCUAACCCCGCUGCAGCCUCCCACUUCCACGUCUGCCGCACAGCACUUCUCAGCUGGAGCGACUCGGGCACUGCGGAGCAGGCAGCACGGUGUGCGAUCCCCCCUGGAGGCCAUUUGGCUGCGCAGCGAGGGCCUCUUGGCUCCCUCGGAGUCCAUGCUGUCUGCCGAGGGGUGCAACAAGGUUGACAGCCCGAUCUUGAACGCCGCCUCUCCCCCGCCUGCCGUUGCAGCACGUGAUGCUGGUGCCCUUCUCGGAUCUUCUUCGCGGCGGCAGUCGCAGCUCAAUGUGCAUGAGCUGUCGUCCUCGAUGCUGUCGCACGAGAUAUCGACUGUGAGCAGUGGCGGCGGUGUGGUGCCGGGCAAUGCUAUGUCGCCGGCGGGGCCGCAACCAGUUGGGGAGCGGGAGCGGUGGCCUAUGAUGCAGCGAAUCUUCCGGGAGCCCAAGAAGGGAGGGCAGAGAGUCUGGGUGAGCAUCGCGGCGCGGGACUCACGCUCCUCAUCCGGUGACGCCAGCGAGAAAUCGUAA